AUGGCUGUCGGCGCGGCGGCUCCCGACACUUGCCUGCAGCCGGGGCGGCGGCGGAGCAGAAGGAGGAGGAGGAAGAAGAGGAGGAGGAGGAGGAAGAGGAGGAUGCUGCGCGCCUUGGUGGCGGUGUCCCUGUGGCUGCGGGUGAGCCCGCGGGCGCAGGGCGCGCCGUGCGAGGCGGUGCGCAUCCCCAUGUGCCGGCCCAUGCCUUGGAACAUCACCCGCAUGCCCAACCACCUCCACCACAGCACCCAGGAAAACGCCGUCCUCGCCAUCGAGCAGUACGAGGAGCUCGUGGCCACCGGCUGCAGCCCGGUCCUCGCCUUCUUCCUCUGCGCCAUGUACGCCCCUAUCUGCACCCUGGAGUUCCUCUACGACCCCAUCAAGCCGUGCCGCUCCGUCUGCCAGCGCGCCCGCGACGGCUGCGAGCCCAUCAUGCGCCGCUACAACCACAGUUGGCCCGAGAGCCUCUCCUGCGAUGACCUCCCCGUCUACGACCGCGGCGUCUGCAUCUCCCCCGAAGCCAUCGUUACCGACCUGCCAGAGGAUGUGAAGUGGACAGACUUCACGCAGGGCGUGCUGGUUCCCGAGAGAUCCCCGGAGCCCGACUGCAGGAGCCGCGGCCAGGAGCGAUGCAGGUGCAAAAAGACAAAGCCAACACUGUCGACUUACCUGGCCAAGAACUACAGCUACAUCAUUCACGCCAAAGUAAAAAGUGUAGAAAGAGGGAACUGCAAUGAAAUAACCACUGUGGUUGAAGUCAAAGACAUACUGAAGUCUUCAACACCGAUUCCUCUGUCCCAAGUGCCUCUUCUUACAAAUUCUUCCUGCCAGUGUCCACCUCUUCAGCCGAAGCAGGAUGUUCUCAUCAUGUGCUAUGAAUGGCGCUCAAGGUUGAUGCUUCUUGAUGGCUGCCUAGUUGAAAAAUGGAAGGAUCAACUGAACAAAAGGUUUAAGAGGUGGGAACAGAGACUGCAAGAACAAAAGCUGCGAACAGCCCGCAGUAAGAACCAGAAUGCAGGACGCAGUGUUCAGAGUGGACCUCCAAAACCAUCAACCAAGAACACCAACCCACUGGUCAGUGGCCCCAAAAAGGCCAUGAAAAUUAAAAAUGGCCAGAAAGAAAUCAACCCUAAGAAAGUAUGAGUGUGCAAUUUCCAAAAGACUUUUUUUCCCUGCACGAUGAGGGUCACAAUCUGGCUUGGUCAGCAUGUUUUAUUAAUCCAGAACUCAUCGACUUAAAAACUCACGGCAGUUUCUACAUAGAUGUUUUUGCUGCACUUUACUUUUUAAAGGUUUGCUUUUCCUUUCAAGCCACUGCAAGUCAUAGAGUGUAGGUUUGCACUAAUAUGUGGCAGGCUUAUUCAAGCUGUCUGAGCUUUAUGUUAGGGCUCUGAUUUGCAAUUCUAGAUAGAACUAGCCUUGGCUCCCAGUGGUUUUAACUUCUUGUGCCGGUUGCCUGCUCUGCUUCCCUGCCAGAGGUUGGAGAGCUGCACGGGGCAUGUCUUCUCUCCUCAGGAAGUGUAUCAGUGUGGUAGCUGGUGAAUUAGUCUGUGAGUUAGUCUGGAGAGCUGAAAGGGAUGGUAACCUCUGGCAGACAUGUCAGGCAGCAAUUACUGCUGGAGCUGAAUCUAUCUGCUUUUUGGAAUCACAGCCCUUGUUCAAAAGCAUAGUUUACCAAUAAGCAUCUGGGUAUGCAUUAUGUGAUUAUUUUUAUAUGUGUGCCAAAAAGUAUGCUUAGAGUGUUAGGGUUAAUCUUGUGGGUUUGUGUAGAAAAAAAAAAUGCAUUGAAAGCAGACAUUUAAUUUUUUUCAAUUGUCCUUCAGGCUUUUGUUGUAAUAAUUUCAAAUAUAUUUAAGCAGCUAUUUGAAAAAUCAGUAUUUUUUAAAAGAACAGAUUAAAGUGAAGCUGAUCUGCACAAUUCUUACAAGUAACACGUUUGCUGUAAUAUAGCUUCUUCAUGAAAACUGGAAUAGAAGCAUUAUUCUAAAUGUAACUGACAGCUACUGUACAGUAUUAAGGAGAGGAUAGGGCUUCGCGUGGCUCAGUGUUCAUUUGGACAAUUUUUGUAUCAUUUGACACCAUAUUUCUAAGCCUUUCUCUGAGACAAAAUAAAUAAAUAACUGGAUAAAUAAAUAAGGCUUGUCCCUAUUCAUGAACUUCUCAGAACAACCGUCUGCAGUUCUGCUGAUCAGAAGGUAACAUUUACCCUGCAAAGGGUCACGGAUGAAGCAGAUGCUUUUAUUUAUGUGCUAAGUUUUACUGACUUAGCAUUUGCUGCUUGAGGCACUAUAAUAGCAAAGGUGGUAUCAAGCUAAUCAAUCAACCUAACUCCAAGAUGGGGUUUAUGCUCUCUCUCCUGGGCUCUACUUGCAUGAAGCAGUAUGGAUAGCACAGUCUGAUUUCUGUUCACCAACAUUAACAUCAUAAGAGCUCGUAAUAGACAUCUGAAAGACCUUCAUGAAUUCCAGCAGCAAAACAAAGGACUAGACUUGGCAAUUCCGGUAUCUGUAAACCAAAAUAAGCAUUUUUAAAAUACAGAGGGUCUAUGUCAGGAUAAAGAAAAAAAAAUAAGGAAUUCUUGUGUAAGUUAAAAUAAGGAAUUACAAUUGGUCAUGUCAAUGAUCUUUGUCACUACAAGAACUCCAAUGGCAUUUGAAUGCAUGAAAUUCAAGGCAGAAUAUGCCAGAGAGAUUUUGGUAGCAGCAGUACUACAUUUGGAGGCAUGCUUACACAAGCUGAGGACAUAGAUGCUAAGUUAGAAUGCUUAAAACAAAGGGACAGAGGUGUUGCAGAAAAGUGGAAUAAUAGUGUAUGGGGUAGUUUGGAGAGGGGAACAACCCUACAUGGUCAUUUGUUGAGCUUUGAGCAGCUGGUUAAAAUGUGCAAAGGUCAGCAUUUGAAUGUAGCCCUUCCUGUUAAUUCUGGGCAGAUGCAGAACUUUAUCUCCAUGGAACGUCUGCAGAGUUAGAUCCAAAAUUCAAUCCAGGUGCCAGGAAUGCUGAGUGUAUAUUGCAUCUAUUGACUUGAGUGGAAAUUAUGUGUGUUUGGCAUGUCUAAAAGACCAGAUCCCAAACUCAGAUGCCUAAAUGCAGACUAGAGGUGAAAUUAUAAUCCUGUACAGUGAAAUAGAAAGGCUGAAAUCGAAAUCGAACGAGGCAGAAUUUCACUGCAGAUGACUAAAUUAGGUGAGUUUUUGAAAAUGCUGACUUAAGUAAGCAUGAUCUAAAAGAUCAGUAUGAUUGGAAAGCUUCUAAAAUAUCUAGUGUGUAGUAGGAGUUCUUAAGCUCUGAUUAUCUAUCGAUCCCAACUUAAAGUACCUCAAUAAAUAUGUAUAAGGCUAGCUAUUAAUAAUGAACAGCAGUCCCAUUGAUGUGAUGUUGAAAUAACAAAUACCAAAGUUGUGAUAUUUCACUUUAAUAAGUGAACAUAGUCAAGUGUGGUGUCUGCUGAAUGAAACUUGUGGAGCAGCUAGUGAGACUUCAUAGCAAUGUUCUGUAUUAUUUUACCACUGUUAAAAUCAAACUUUUUAAAUCUUUUGGUAUCAGAGAAGAAAAUGUUAAGAAUUAUUUUCUUCAGAGAAUUGUCACCAUUCCUUCUGUAAGUUACCGUCAUUAGACUGACCAUUCCAGUAUGUUGGAAUAAACUUUGAUGCAC